AUGUUGACCUCCCUCAUCAGCACCCUCGGCCUCCUCGCCGCCGGCGUCAACGCCCACGGUGCCGUCACCAGCUACAUCAUCGACGGCAAGACCUACCCCGGCUACCAGGGCUUCUCCCCGGCCAACAGCAAGAAUGUGAUCCAGCGCCAAUGGCCCGACUACAACCCCAUCACCUCUUGCAGCGCCUCCCAGCUCCGCUGCAACGGCGGCACCUCGGCCACCGAGUCCGCCCCUGUCCAGCCCGGCUCCAAGGUCAGCGCCGUCUGGCAGCAGUGGACCCACUCCCAGGGCCCCGUCAUCGUCUGGAUGUACAAGUGCCCGGGCGCCUUCAGCUCCUGCGACGGGUCUGGCUCCGGCUGGUUCAAGAUUGAUGAGGGUGGCUUCAAGGCUAGCAACGGCGUGUUCCUCGACUCGGAGAACCCGUCUGGGUGGGAGAUUGCCAAGCUUGUCGGUGGCAACAAACAGUGGACUAGCACUAUUCCUUCGGGGCUUGCUCCUGGAAACUAUCUCAUUCGCCACGAGUUGAUUGCCCUUCACCAGGCCAAUGCUCCUCAGUUCUACCCCGAGUGCGCUCAGCUCGUGGUUGGCGGGUCUGGCUCGGCUCAGCCGGAUAGCUCUUACAAGGCUGCUAUUCCUGGGUACUGCAAGGAUGGCGACUCUAACAUUAGGGUCCCCAUCAACAACCGCAACAUUCCCCAGACCUAUGUUGUCCCCGGCCCUCCCGUGUGGCGCGGUGCCUCCAAGAAGGCUCGUGACUUCUCUGCUUAA